UACGCAUGCGCAAACGGACAUGGCUUCUUUGAGGCUCCGAAGAUUAUUUUCAAAAGAAUUCCUUUCAUCCUUAUCCCGUUCAUCGCCGAAAUUGUCCAGUUUGUAUGUCAUGAACAUCAGAUGACAUUGACAGAAGAGAAUCUUUAAAUUCAGAAGCAUCAUCAUUAUUAUCGUCUCAAGACUCAAGGAAAACCUUAUGCAGAAGAAACAUAAAGCCCUUUUCAUGUAAACUGAUGGUAAACUAUUUCUUUAGACCUGUCUAUAAACUUGGGGUAAAUUUACAAAGGAAUUUGCACCAUCUUUGGAUGGUGUCAGAUAUCACAGAUGAUGGAAAUAUAGCAAAAGAAAUAUUUGUUAGCCAUGAACUAUAAAAGCAGAAAUUUGAAAACUAUUAAUUUAUUAUGGUGAGAGAAAAAAUAUCGAAACAAUAUUUGAGACACUCAACCCUUUAGGUUGUUUAAACCAGCCAUAUCUGGCCCAAAAUAUUCUGCUUUAGAUCCAGCCUGUAUCAUCUAAAAAUAAACACACACGCCAUUGAAAGUUUUAAGCUACAAUAUAAUGCAUGAUUAAUUCAAAACUGAAUAAAUAAGCAUUGCAUUUGACAAAGCAAUCUGAAUAUUAAUGGGUUAAAAGAAUGAUUCUUUUUGUAAAAACAUGGCAAAAACAGUGCAAAAAUUAUACACUUGCAAUAUCUGUAAAAAGUCCUUUUCUAAGGCUCUUACACUCACUAAUCACCGAUGCCACCACUGUGAUGUCUGUGGUAAAUCAUUUUCGCGUGCAGAUAGUUUGGCUUCCCACAAAUAUACGCAUACGGGAGAAAAGAAACCAUAUAGUUGUGAUAUCUGUGGUAAAUCAUUUUCUCAUAAACAUCAUUUAGCUAGACACAACUAUGUUCAUACAGGAGCGAAGCCAUAUCACUGUGAUAUCUGUGGUAAUUCAUUCUCCGAUGGAAGUACCUUAACUAAACACAAACGUAUUCAUACAGGGGAGAAACCAUAUCGUUGUGAUAUCUGUGGUAUAUCAUUCUCUCAGAUUAUUCACUUAACUAGACACAUAACGAGUCACACAGGAGAAAAACCAUACAAAUGUGAUGUAUGUAAUAAGUUAUUCUCUCAAGCGUAUACUUUGGCACAACAUGUACGGACCCAUACAGGAGAAAAACCAUAUCACUGUGACAUUUGUGGUGAAUCAUUCUGUCAAAACAACCUCUUAGCUGCACAUAAGUAUAUUCAUACAGGAAAGAAACCAUAUUACUGUGAUAUUUGUGGUGAUGGAUUUUCUCAGAAAUGUGCUUUAGUUGCUCACGGCUAUGUUCAUACAGGAGAGAAACCUUAUCGCUGCCAUGUCUGUGGUGAUGGCUUUUCCGAAAGAAGUGCCUUGAAUGCGCAUGCAUAUGUUCAUACAGGAGGGAAACCUUAUCACUGUGAUAUGUGUGGGAAAUCUUUCUUCUUCAGGGGUUCCUUUACCAAACAUAAACUGAUCCAUACUGGAGAAAAACCAUUUCACUGUAACAUUUGUGGUCAGUCAUUCUCUGAUAAAAGUGUCCUAUGUGAUCACAAACAGAUUCAUGCUAAAGGCAAGCCACAUCAAUGUGAUAUCUGCGGUAAGUCGUUCUCUCAAAGUAGAGCUUUAACCAAUCACUUACGCAGUCAUACAGGAGAGAAACCAUAUCGCUGUGAUAUCUGUGGUAAAUCAUUCUCUGUAAAAAGUACCUUAAAAAAACACUCACGCAUUCAUACUGGAGAGAAACCAUAUCAUUGUGAUAUUUGUGGUUAUUCAUCUUCUAUUGAAAGUAACAUAAUUCAACACAAACGUAUUCACACAGGAGAGAAACCACAUCGCUGUGAUAUCUGUGGUAAAUCAUUUUCUAUAGCUAGUAACUUAAAUAGACAUAUGUACAUUCAUACAGGAGAUUCACCAUAUCAUUGUGAUAUUUGUGGUAAAACAUUUACUGUAAGUAGUAACUUGAAAGUUCAUAAACGAACUCAUACAGGCGAGAAACCUUUUUACUGUGACAUCUGUGGUAAAUCAUUCUCAGAGAAUCGUUUCUUAAAAAAACACAGGCUUAAUCACACAGGAGAACAUGCCUAUCACUGUAAUAUCUGUGGUAAAUCAUUCUCUGAAAAUCGGUUCUUAAAAAAACACAAACUUAGUCACCCUGGAGAGCUGCCAUAAUAUUUCGAUAGAUUUGGAAAGAAUGUUUGCUCAGAUUGGGAACUUAGCUAAACUCAAAAUAAGAUAACAUAAAAGGAUUGGUUUUUGCUGUUGUAAAAAGAAUGUUACAUUGUCAUAAUGUCUUACAUGUAAAAAAAAUCAUCCUCAAAAUAAAAAGGUAACACCACUACUCAUAAAUAAGAGGAACAAGUUGCACUGUGUUUGUAGAAAAUCAUUUUCUCACUGAAAUACUACAACGAAACACAUUCAUACUGGAUCACUGUUGUAAAUCUCUCAUGGAAAGGCUAUAUCACUCUGAUAUCUGAUUAAUGCUGCUCUGAUGGAGAUAUCUUCACCAGCCACAAAUGCACCGAUGAAGAGAAACCAUGUCAAUGUGAUAUUUGUGGUAAAUCACACUCAAGAGGGAGUCACUCCACUACACACAUAUUAUAUUCAUACAAGAGGGAAACUAUAACACUCAUGUGAUAUCAAUUGUAAAUCACUCCAAAAAAAACGAAAUUAAAAAAUGUUUCUUAAUUGCAAAAGAGAAGAAUAACCUUAUCGUUGUCAAAACGAAUUCUACGAAACAUCUUAUAGAAUAUCACACACAAAUAUACAUAUGUAUAUAGAUGAAAUUUAUAGAAAAACAAAAAAUGAAGACAGGUGUAUUAAGUUUGACACUUGGGAAUAUAAAAAAACGAAAAAGUCUUUUAUGUUUCAAACCUAUGCUCUUCAACAGAGGGGAAUAAGAGAGAAUGAAAGAAAAAACCCUGCAGAUUUAGUAAUCAAGCAUGGCAACUGAUUGGAAGAAGAGUUUAGAAGGAAGGUCGAUAAUAAAGUCACAGUGCCCCCACCUCCCAACUGAAGGAACGUGUGUGUGAAUAGGGGCCAGUUUUUGACAAGUCUGGGUGAGUAAGUGUGUGCCUCUAAUGUGUCACUGCUCAUAUAGGGGUAUGUGUGGUGAUGAUGGCGGGUGCUGGGAAGUGGUCACCGCUACAGACAUGUGGUGUCCAUGUAUGCGUUGCAUGCCUUCUUUUCUAGGAUAAAUAAAGUUUUGUUUCAUGUAAAAUUAA